UCUGCUAAUGGUAGUCACCUUGUCGCGGUGCAGAGGCUUAGUCGCAAGGCAUACUCGGCGCCCCCCAACCGGUGUGGACGGUGCUGAAUGGCGCCAUCCAGGCGGGUUGUCGGGCGCCGCAUGCGGGCGGCGACCAAGGACUACCACCUCCUAAUCCAGGGUGUCAUGCGACCCGUGCCCAUUGGAUGAUUUGCAGCCAGGAGGAAAAUUCGGCUGUAUUCUAACGGAGCCUCCCCAACACCGGGCCGAAUUGGGGUGUAACGGUGGCCUUACCGCGCCAAGGGGCUCUGGCGUGGCGGACUCCCUAGUUCCCCAUUUAACAAGAAGACCCGACAGCUCACCUCGUUGAGCCAAGGGUCGUAUGAACAAGAUGGAUAUAAACACAAAAACUAAAACAACAACAACAACGAAUAAGGAGGAAUCGACAACGCAACGAAAUAGGACUACGGAUAUGGAAUACGACAGGGAGAAGGUAAGAACAGGAGGAGCAGCUGGAGGCCGGGGAGGUCAAGGAGCUAAACGAAAGGUUAACUACCUUGAUGCUCUCUCGCCAGAGGCGCGGGCGCUGUUCGAGGAGCAUGCCAGAGAGGACGAUGACGACAUGCCCUCUAGCAGCGGCGCCCGCCGCUCAACAGACGUCAGGACAGCGGAUGCAGCCCAAAGCACCACCAGGGCCCACCGAGACAGGCCAAGCCACUCUGACUCGGGAGAGUCGCAUCGGGCAGAGGUCGGUGGCGCACGCAGAAGGAGAAGGAGGCGCAGGAGAGGAGGGCAGAGAUCUCUCCCAACGGUGGACAGACCCGGAGGGUACGAUGACCCCCGGAAGAAGGCCAUGAGCGGUGCCUGCCUCAAGUGGUAUCUGCGGUGCCUCCGGGAUGGGAUGACCCCCGAAGCGGCGGAAUCCCUAGCCAAGCGACGGUACGCGGAUACUGCGAUAUCCCCAACAAGGGAACGAGGCGAGGCAGUGUCGGAAAGUGCGCGAGGCAGCCGGUCUAUAGACCGUGGCCAGGUUAGUGUACCACUGACCGAAACGCGCGGUGACGGGAAGGCGGUCACCUUUGCAGAGGCCGUGAAGAGAAAGAGCGGUCAACUUACACCACAGGCGCCCCCCAGCUCGAAAAGGCCAAGGGACAGCAGCAGGAGAACCGAAGGUCAAUCAUCAGCACCGGCUCCCCCCCGGGUGGAGGAGGGGCGGCGCAGGUAUGUGGACGCUGUCAAAAGCAUCCGCAUGGCUGUACUGCCUCAAGACUACCCGGCGGUGUCGUUGGAGUCGGAGCAACUCACGGUGCUCCAAAACCUCCUCCUAGAAGAGGUAGCUGGCGGAGCUGAAUACGCGGCAUCCUUCCUCGGGGUUGAAUUCAGAGGGGGAAUGCUACAGGUGGACUGCAACGACCAGGAGUCCACCGACUGGCUGCGGGAAUUUACCCCAAAGCUAAGUGGCUGGACCGGUCCAGUCCUCUGUGCAAAAAGGGCGGAGGACCUGCCAGUUAUGCACAGGAUGACGGUGUUCCUCCCCCGAAGCGAUGACAAGCCGUACCAGUUUGCCCUAAACUUAAUAAAGAACCAAAACCGGGGCCUUAGCAUCGCGGCCUGGCGAAUUGUCAGUAGCCAGCUGGAGGACAAAGGAGAGCUACGAGGUUGGAGACUGUACCUGUACAUAGACGACGAGUCGUACAGGUACAUACGUGCAGCAAGCUUCCGCCUAUUUUAUAGGUUCAGCAUGGUAGUCAUGAGGCCGCAUAAACUAGUGACUACAGGAAGCAAGGAGGACGGGAAGACUGCCACCCAGCCGAGUGGUAGCGCGUCAACACGAGCAGAAACGAUGGUGAGCAAGGCGAUGGAGAAGAUGCAGGUGGACGCCGUGGCAAAGCAACCGGGCGUGAGCAGGGUUGAGCAGACCACGAAGGUCGCUACCGCUGACGUCCUGGAUGCCCACGAAACCGAGCUACCCUCCACCCAGGAGCUCCUCGAGGGACUAGAGGACCCAGUGGACAGCAGCGCGAACGACGGAGGGGAUGUGGACAUGCCCCCCCUCGAGCCACUACCUUAAUGGCCGUCGACGUGGAGGUUGCCCAAGUGAACCUGCAUCACGCGGCGGGGGCCUCAGCAGUGAUUGCGAGUAGGUUCACAGCGGAUAAAUUGGGCGUUCUGUUGAUCCAAGAACCAUGGGUCUACAAAGGAGAGGUCAAAGGCCUCAAGACGGAACAAAACAAGAGUUCCUGACGCAGGACUUGGUAGCAGUACAGGCCAGAGACUGGGAGGGCAAAAGCUUCGUCCUGGCAUCAGCCUACUUCCCAGGGGAGACAGCAGCAGCACCCCCUGAGGGAGUGAUUAGGCUCGUGGAGUACUGCAGGAGGUACAGGCUGCCCCUCAUCAUAGGAUGUGACGCGAAUGCUCACCACGUGGAAUGGGGGAGCACGGAUUGUAACGCAAGGGGUGAGUCUUUACUAGAGUAUGUAUUAGGUAGUAGUUUAGCAAUUGAGAACGUAGGUUGUGAACCCACCUUUAUAACUAUAAGCAGGAGGGAGGUGCUGGACAUCACCUUCAGCAGCGAGCAUGCUAAUGGUUGGGUCUCAGGGUGGAGGGUUUCAACGGAGCCCUCCCUGUCAGACCACAGAAUAAUAAGGUUCGCACUGAAGGUAGAGGUCAGGCAACUCCCCCCGAGACGCAACCCCCGCAGAACAAACUGGGGUGUUUUCAGGGAAAAACUAAAGGACGGGUUACAAAGGCAGAACCAGAUCGACGAUAGCGUCACGGGCCUGGGGAUAGAGAGCAGGGUGUUGGCACUAAACGAGUCAAUCACCAAAGCCUACAAUGAUAGUUGUCCCCAAAUAGUGCCCACAGACAGACGUAACUG